UGUUACAGGCUCUUGUGAUAUCUGGUGUCCUGGGUUCAUGUGUCUUUUGGUACUGGCGAGUGGCACUACAAACACAGCAUGGUGCGGCUUUUACAAAUGUCCCCUUGUGUCAUUGAGUGUUGGUAGCACAAGUUGGUUUUGGUGCAUUUUUGUGAUGCAUUUGUAUUAAGCAGAACAAGUCACAUCCAUUCCUGGGUUCAGAUAUGUACACAUUACAUAUGGAUUUUACUGUGGAUUAUCUGCAGAUUUCACCCCAUACAUUGGCUAAAAUCCAUAACACAAUAGGCACAUUGCACUUGUGAAAAUCCACAGCAUGCUUGUCUUUCCACAUGUAACUUGAUGCAACGUGGUAUCUGCACUUCAAAUCCACAGCUUCUGAAUUCACCCCUAUUCUGUUAUUUGAGCCCUUGCAGUGUAUAGGUUUUUUUUUUUUUCUCUCAAUGUCCCAGAAAUUUAUAUCUGUUUUUGUUUUAUUUUUACAGUUAAGUUCCAAACGAGCUUCAGAAUUUAAGCAGGUGACAUUCUUUCAGACCCUAAAAAUGGCUGUAGUGAUCCGCUUACAGGGGCUUCCGGUUGUUGCUGGUUCGGUUGAUAUAAGGCAUUUCUUUACUGGUUUGCAAAUUCCUGAUGGAGGAGUGCAUAUUAUUGGUGGAAAUCUUGGUGAGGCUUUCGUCAUAUUUGCAGCAGAUGAAGAUGCCAGACGAGCCAUGAGUCGGAAUGGGGGUAUCAUUAAGAGCGCACAAAUUCAGCUCUUACUCAGCAGCAAGACAGAAAUGCAGAAUACGCUAGAAAUGAGCCGUAAAGCUAACAAGAAUCCAAAGCAUCCUGCUGUACCACCUUCUGGUGAUAUGAACCGGUCAGCAAUGGUGAAGAAAGGACCAAAUCAAAAUAAAUUCGAGAAAAAGAAUUAUGUUUCUGGCUUGCAGAACAGUGGGCCGAAACACCGCGAAUCAUAUGGCCAGAAAUACGACACAAACGAGGUGAAUUCUCCCAGUGAUGACCUUUACGUAUCUCUCUUUGGGCUACCAUACAGUGCAACAGAGAAAGAAAUCAGAAUUUUUUUUAAAGGCCUGGAUGUAGCUGAUUUUAUUUUUACUUUGCAACCAAACGGUCUUAGGAAUGGAAAUGGCUAUGCGAAAUUUAGAAGCGCAAAGGAUGCUGAAGCAGCAUUGGGUUUUCACAAUCAAUAUAUAGGUCACAGGUUUAUAUCUAUAUCUAAAGCAAGUGAAGAAAAGUGGGUGAUGGCUGGAGGAAAGGUUGAUGAAGCUUACUCCAAACAACCCAGGAGACGAACAAGGUCUAGAUCACCACAAAACCAACAGUUUUAUGUGCAUCUGAAAAACCUACCGUAUGUAGUAGAGAGAGAAGAUAUUAAGAAAUUUUUUGGAGUACCCGAUAUGGAAGAUUCCCAGAUCAAAUUACUGUUUGAUAAGCACAGCAGCAGGAUAAGGGAAGGCUUUGUCAUGUUAAGAAGUGAGUGGCAAUACGAGAAAUGCCUUAGUUUACACAAAAGCAACUUUAAGGGUCUGCCAUUGUUCAUCCUCCCCGCCCCUCGGAAGGCAAUGCAGGAAAUAAUCGAAUCAUAUGAAACAAAGACACCGCCAAAACAAGAACGCCCAUAUGAGGAUUAUGCAAGGGGAGAGCCCUCGAGUCUAAAGAGAUGCAUAUACAUAAGAAAUUUUCCCUUUGAUGUCACUAAAGGUGAAGUUCAGAAGUUCUUCACUGGAUUUUUUUUCCAUGAAGACGAUAUAAUCUUGCUUUUUGAUAACAAAGGAGUUGGAUUGGGAGAAGCCCUAGUAAAGUUCCCAUCUGAAGAACAAGCACUGCGUGCCGAAGGCUUGAAUCGUCGACAGUUUUUGGGGACAGAAGUUCUUUUGAGGCGUAUUUCUGAGGGCCAGAUGAAAGAGUUUAGUCCUUUCACUGAUGUUCCAGUGUAUAGAAAUGACUACACAAGAAUUCCGCUACCAGAAGGCCCUGACAGGUCCUAUGGGUUGCCUGAAUCUGACCGUAGAGAGUUUAGAGGUUCUCCAGAAAGGAUAAGUGGCUCUCAUCCGAUGGAUUUUGCUGGUGGAGAUGAGUCUUUUGACAUGGGAAACAAUCACAUUGACUACGAUCAUUACAUUUCAGCUCCUCAUCGCAACUUUGAUAGCAGGUCAGCAGGAGCAGUAAUACACAUGAAAAACCUACCAUACACCAUUACCACUGCAGAAAUUUCCGACUUUUUCUAUGGUUACAAUGUCAUUCCUGAUUCUAUAGAUAUCAAGUUUAAUAGAAAAGGAAUGGCCACGGGACAUGCUACCGCCUGCACUAACAAUUAUGAUGAAGCAAUGGCUGCCGUGAAUGAGCUAAAUGAAAGACCUAUUGGAUCACGCAAGAUAUUUUUGACUUUGAACAGGAUCUGAAAAGGUCUCAAUGGACUUGGUUUUAAGCUCCUGUUUACCACUGUUAUGCAUGUCUAGAAAAGUUUCUCACAGUAGUUGGAAAGUUUUUGUUCAAAAAAUUAGGACUUUCAGUUUUAAACAGUUUGUCAUAAGGAGAAACGAGAUCGAUUUUUUUUUGUUAGUGAACACAUU